UAUCCAAACAGUCGUCCAACACCUACGAUCAGGAUCAAUUUGUUAGAUAUUUUGUCGGCAAAAAAUAAAAAAAAGAAGAAAAGAAAACGCGGCAAAUCUUCCCAGUUGUCCAUUGUUAUCCACUACUCUUUCCCACAUCCCACGCCUGUCUGUCACAUUGAGUGUCUCAGCAGUCAGCAAUGCCAACGCUUAUGCACAUGAAUUCAUCACUGUCACUCUCACUCUUUCUUCUCUUCAGCUUUAAUUCCUCUUUCUUAUAAAACCUAAAACACUUAAAGUCGAGCUCAAAUCUAAAAAUAUCCAGAUUAAAACGAAAAUAAAUGAAGAUCUUCUUCCUUUUUCUCUUGUUUUGUUUCUUUACUUCGUUGUUUAACUCUUGUUUCGCUGGCAAUGUAACCUAUGACCGCCGCUCUCUCAUCAUUGAUGGCCAACGCAAGCUUCUCAUUUCCGCUGCCAUUCAUUACCCCCGCAGCGUUCCGGCGAUGUGGCCAGGGCUGGUUCAAACAGCAAAGGAAGGAGGGGUUGAUGUCAUUGAAUCUUACGUAUUUUGGAAUGGACAUGAGCUUUCUCCAGGAAAAUACAAUUUUGAAGGGCGAUACGAUCUAGUCAAAUUUGUAAAGAUUGUUCAGCAAGCCGGGAUGUAUAUGAUUCUUCGAAUUGGCCCCUUUGUAGCUGCUGAAUGGAAUUUUGGGGGGGUACCUGCCUGGUUGCACUAUGUCCCUGGAACUGUGUUUCGAACUGAUAAUGAACCCUUCAAGUAUUACAUGCGGAAUUUCACAACAUUCAUAGUGAACCUCAUGAAGCAGGAGAAGCUUUUUGCACCGCAAGGAGGUCCAAUCAUCCUGGCCCAGGUUGAAAAUGAAUAUGGAUAUUACGAAAAAUUUUAUGGAGAAGGGGCAAAGCGUUAUGUUACAUGGGCUGCUAGAAUGGCAGUUUCUCAGAAUAUUGGAGUACCUUGGAUAAUGUGUCAACAAGAUGAUGCUCCUGACCCUGUGAUUAAUACUUGUAACUCCUUUUACUGUGAUCAAUUCACACCUAAUUCUCCAAACAAGCCCAAAAUUUGGACUGAAAAUUGGCCUGGAUGGUUUAAAACAUUUGGGGCAAGAGACCCUCACAGGCCAGCAGAAGAUGUUGCUUUUUCUGUUGCUCGAUUUUUCCAGAAAGGAGGAAGUGUACAUAAUUACUACAUGUAUCAUGGUGGAACAAACUUUGGUCGAACAUCAGGUGGACCUUUCAUUACAACAAGUUAUGAUUAUGAAGCUCCAAUUGAUGAGUAUGGGUUACCUAGGCUUCCAAAAUGGGGACACCUAAAGGAACUCCAUAAAGCUAUAAAGUUAUCUGAGCAUGCAUUGCUAAAGAGUGAACCAACUACUUUAUCACUAGGUCCUUCCCAAGAGGCUGAUGUUUAUGAUGAUGGUUCAGAAGUAUGUGCUGCCUUUCUUGCUAACCUGGAUGAUAAAACUGACAAGAAUGUAGUGUUCCGGAAUGUGUCAUAUCACCUGCCUUCAUGGUCAGUCAGCAUUCUGCCCGACUGUAAGAAUGUUGUGUUUAACACGGCGAAGAUAGGUUCACAGGCAUCUCUAGUUGAAAUGAUGCCCGAGGAGUUGACGCCAUCAGUCACGUCCCCAAGUAAACGCUUGAAAGCUCUUAAAUGGGAUGUAUUUGUGGAGAAUGCUGGAAUCUGGGGAGUAGCUGACUUUGCUAAAAAUGAUUUUGUGGAUCAUAUAAAUACCACGAAAGAUACUACUGACUACCUCUGGUAUACAACCAGUAUAAUUGUUGGUGAAAAUGAAGAAUUUCUGAAGAAGGCAAGCCAUCCACUCCUCCUUAUUGAGUCAAAGGGGCAUGCUCUUCAUGCUUUUGUGAAUCAAGAACGCCAAGGUAGUGCUUCUGGAAAUGGCUCACAUUCUCCCUUCAAAUUUGAGAGUCCAAUUUCUCUCAAGGCGGGAAAGAAUGAAAUUGCACUGUUAAGCAUGACAGUGGGCCUACAGAAUGCAGGAGGGUUAUAUGAAUGGGUAGGAGCAGGACUAACAAGUGUCAAGAUCGAGGGGCUCAACAAUGGAACAAUGGAUUUAUCUAUGUCUAGAUGGACCUACAAGAUUGGAUUGCAAGGAGAACACUUGAGUAUAUACAAACCAGACGGUUUGAAUAGCAUAAAUUGGGUGUCAACCUCAGAACCACCAAAAAAUCAGCCUUUGACAUGGUACAAGGUUGUUGUGGAUUCUCCAUCAGGGAAUGAACCAGUUGGUCUGGAUAUGAUUCAUAUGGGAAAAGGUCUAGCAUGGUUAAAUGGAGAAGAGAUUGGAAGAUACUGGCCAAUAAAAAGUUCUGAACAUGAAAAGUGUGUAGAGGAGUGUGAUUACAGAGGAAAAUUCUUCCCAGACAAAUGCCUUACUGGUUGUGGAGAACCAACACAAAGAUGGUACCAUGUUCCCCGUUCUUGGUUCAAGCCAUCUGGAAACAUUUUGGUUAUCUUUGAGGAGAAAGGUGGAGAUCCAACAAAAAUUACUUUCUCGAAACGCAAAAUAUCGGGCCUAUGUUCUCUCAUUGCUGAGGACUUUCCUAUGGUAGACCAGGCGCCAGUACGUAAAGGUGGAAGUGGAAAAUCGGCUGCCCAUCUGAAGUGCCCAAAAAAUACUUUGAUUUCUAAUGUGAAAUUUGCUAGCUUCGGAAAUCCUACAGGAAAGUGUGGGUCUUACAGCAUGGGGAAGUGCCAUGAUCCUAACUCAACAUUGGCAGUCGAAAAGGUCUGCCUAGGUAAGAAUGAGUGUGCCAUAGAACUAACAGAAGAGAACUUCGAUAAGGGCUUGUGUCCUGGUACUACUAAGAGACUUGCAAUUGAAGCAGUCUGCAGCUAAAGUUACCGCGGUAUAUGUUCCGACACAAAUGUUUUGGCUGCUUCCUGAAGAAGAAAACGGAAGAAAAGAGCAUUUUGCUCCGUUUUCUUUCGGGUACGAGCUGUGUUUUAUUUCCUCAACAUGAUGCCCCUAAUUUUAUUUUUCUUUUGCUCAGGUACUUUUUGUCCUUUGAGGUGUUUGCGAAAAUUCAAGAGCAUGGAUAGACUUAGCUCUUAAUAUGUGGAAUAUUCGUUUUUGCUUUAAAAUAUUUCGAUAUUGGUCAAGCAUUUGGCAAAUGUCGCAAAAUUAAUUUAAUUUUACACAGUUUUUUAUAUAAUUUAUAUUAAUUUAA